AUUGCUCCCAGUUAGACGCUCCAACGGAGCGGACGUAAGAGCCAGCAACGACCGACAAAACGGCAAUAGAAUCAGACAUUUAUACGUACUUAUGGGCUAAAAAAAAAGCCCGCAGAACCAAACGGCAUAUUUAUAAAUCGUGUGCAUUCAAAAGACAGAUAAAAAAGUGCAUUUUAACACGUGUUUUCAUACAAGCAACGAGUGAAAUAUCCAGAAGAAUUGUGACUGUGACUUUAAACUUGAUUUCAUUGUAUAUCCGAACACAUGUUGGGCGAUAAGAGAAGCGGGACUAGCAAUGGCAAUGCCAACGGCGUUGUCUGCGUCGACGAGAGUUCCACAACGUCCAAUGGACAUGCCGUUGAGUCGGCAACUGAGAAUGUCGAGGCAUCCACGAGUGAAGAUAAUUCUCUCGAUGCGAUUCUCGUUAGAAUCGGCCAAUUUGGCCGGUAUCAAAUCAUCAAUUAUGUGUUGUUGUGUGUCCCCAUGGUGUUUAACGCGUUCUUCUCGAUCUCAUAUGUAUUCACAGCCAGCACAGUGGUGCACAGAUGUAAUAUCACCCAAUGCGAUAGUCCAAGCAGUUUGUAUGAAGAGCCUUGGCUAAACUUUACAGUUCCUAUAAAGAACUCUGAAUGGGAUGCAUGCACUCGUUAUUCAACAGUAAAUCAAACAUUCUUGAGUGAUCCCUCAAGUGACAUGUGUGUUGCAUACUUUUUUGGUAAUCGUACCGAACGAUGCGGCACCGACUUAAAAUUUCGAGAUGAAGAGAAAACCAUUUCAACGGAGUUUGGCAUCUUUUGCAACGACGAGUGGAUGCUCUCCUUGGUAGGCACCAUUAACAAUGUGGGACAGUUUGUUGGUAUUCCCAUAGGUGGUUUCUUUGCAGAUCGAUAUGGUCGUCGCACUAUGCUGGCAUUCGCAGGAGCUUUGAGUGCUAUUAUGGGCAUCAUACGAUCAUUGUCCACCAACUAUUACAUGUUUUUGGUCUUCGAAUUUCUGGACAUGGCCGUGGGCAGCACUCUGUUCCCCACUGCUUUUCUGCUGGCCAUUGAGCUGGUUGGUCCCAAGCGUCGUGUAGCUGCAGCAACAAUUAUCACAAUAUUCUAUGCUCUGGGCGAAGCCUUUUUGGGCUUCCUGGCAUCGCAGGUUCAGGAUUGGCGUUGGUUACUCCGAGUCCUCUAUGCACCUGCGAUACUUCAGAUACUCUUCCUCUGGAUUCUGCCGGAGAGUGUGCGCUGGCUGCUAAGUCAGGGCCAAGAGCAGCGAGCGGCGUCUGUGCUGAGGCGUGCAGCCAAAAUAAAUAAGCGAUCUCUGCCUAAGGAUCAGCUGGAUGAGCUGAUCACAACAAAUCGCACGAAGUUGCGGCAAGCCAAUGAGAGCCCGUAUCCCAUCAUGCAGGCAGCUCGAUUCUUCAUCUGGCGCAUUGCCAACUGUUGCUUCUGUUGGUUCACACAUACGCUGAUUGCCCUGGGUUUAAGUUUAAACUCUGUAAAUCUGGGCGGAAGCAAGUAUACGAAUUUCAUGCUAAAUGGUGUUAUUCAAAUUCCUGGACUACUUCUGCCUCUCAUCAUAAUGGAUAGAAUUGGCAGAAGAUAUUCUCUGUGUGCUUCCAUGUUGAUAUGUGCCAUUUGCAUGGGUGCAUCAGCAGCAAUCGGAUCGGAAGACUAUGCUGGAUCUUUAACGCUUUUCCUAAUUGGCAAGCUUGCCAUAACAUGCAGCUUUCAGAUUUUGUAUUUCUUUACCUCAGAAAUCUUUCCCACAAAUGUGCGCAACAGUUUGCUCUCACUUUGUUCUAUGGUGGGACGCAUUGGCUCCAUGCUGGCACCGCAAACACCAUUGCUGGCCAAAUACUACGAGCAUGCCCCGUCUAUACUAUUCGCCACAUUUGCCUUGGUCAGUGGUUUCCUGACGCUUGGUUUUCCGGAGACAGCAGAUAAGGUGUUGCCCACAACAAUGGAGGAUGCUCGGGAUUUGAAUGUGGUGCGCCAAGUAUAUUCAGAUGAUAAUGAGGAGCAGGAAGAGGAGUUGCCUAGAAAAAUGUGCUGACCCUAAGAUAAAACGAUUACCUCAAAAAUGGUUGCUAGCAAUUGCUAUUGCCAAAGAUUUUGAUUUAAUUUUAAAUCCAAGCGAAAGGCAUUUUUGAUUUUAUUUCUGUUAUAUCUGUAAUAUAUUUAGUAUUAAGUGCGUAUGUCCAUUUUACUGUAACACACAGAACAUUUUGUAAAGUAUUUUUAAAUUGUAUAUAAAGAGGAAAAA